AUGGUUGGAACAUCCAAGAAGAACAAAAAGAACAUAAAGAAAGGGACCGUAUCCGUUGAGUACCAAUGUCCGCUGAAUCUUCUUCUGUGUGACAUGUGGGUUAAGAUUGCCAUGAAUGUUGCACCGAAUUCGAUUCAGGAUCUGUUCAACAUGCAGGCAACUUGCAAAGUGUUUCUGGAUGCAGCGAGGUCCGACUUUGUCUACAAGCAUGCAUCGAUGCUGGAGUUACGGAUUGCGUCCUUUUUAUAUUACGCUUGCCGGCCUGCAAAGAGGUUCAUAUAUUGCUACGCGAGAGCAGAAAAUCUGGUUGCUCUACUCUGGGUGGGGAUGAUUGAUUUCUUCUGA